AUGUGUGAGCACAUGAUGCAGACACCUCACGACCAAUGCAGUAUCUGCAUAGAGGAGAACAACAUAACUACUUUCGAAGAUUCGGCACCGAUCCAAAAGAUUGAAAAGAAGGCUGAGAUCUCUUUCAAUAAUUCGAGGGCAGUUCCAGAAGAGGAGGAAGAUUUUCAUGACCAGCGGAGCAACUGCAGGGACUACAAGGCUCUCUCUGACGUGGAUAGCAUCACGUCUCACUGGCGCCUCGAUGACCUUGAAGAGGAACUUGAACCCAUGCCUCCAGCUUGGUCUUCAACCCUCCAAACAGAGACCACGCACGAGGAGAAUCUACUUCCUUUGUGGACGCAAGGAGCUCCCUAUAACACCUAUGAAAAUGGGGUUAGUCCCUCUACAGUGCUGUACAACCCCAAUCAUAGAGAGGGUUCUUAUACUGGGCGAUAUAACCAUCAUCGUUCUUCAUCACCCUAUAUUCCCUGGACAGCGCACCCGUAUUUUUCUCCACCUUCCCGCAAUCCACCCAUCAACACAUCCUCUUCACGGGCCGCUCCUUCUACUGCGCGAGAAAACACAUUAUAUCCGUACUUUGCUCCGCUCCCACACAAUCCACCUGUGAAUGCAUUAUCCUCACGGGAUGUUACUUCCACUGCGCAAGAAAAUAUGCCAGUCGGAGACCAAUCAGCCUUCCCGACCGAGUCGUUGAGCGGGGCGUCGCAUCGUGAAAUAAUCCAUGAGCAGUUGGCUCAACUGCCCCACCACAUGGCUCAAGCACGACUGCACCAUUACCAGCCACAGCCCCAUUAUUAUGGGGAACCUCCGCGAAACUAUCUGGUUUGGCCAGGCGAGCGGACUUAUGGUGUGGGAGUGCCACCGCACCUGUGGCCAGUCCUAUGGCCCGACGUCAACCGACCCUUCCGACCCGGCGCAUUUGAUCAUCUGAGAAGCCAAAUGGGUCACGAUGAACCCAAAUCGAAGUAG